CAACGCGUGAUCUUUACAGGAAUAUUGGGUGAGGCUAAAGCUCCAUUUAGAUUCGUUACAAGAGGCGUGAGAGUUGCCGUCUUGCAAGCCAACUCAGACGUCCAAGAGCUCCAAUUCACCAUGUCCCUCUACGGCUGCUUACCCAGCGACCCUGGACCCGCAUACGGUAUGCUUUAA